AUGUCUCCUCGUCCCUCAGGUCGCCGGAGGCGACGUGAUCUGGAGGACGACGAUUCAGAUGACCGCUCUGAUGCGUCUGAAGGACCGAAGCGACCUCGCCUGGGACGUCGUGAUGGCAAAAUCGACAACGACGAUGACGAAGAAGACUCAGGAAAUGGGACUCAUAUCAACGGCGUGAACGGAACGACGAACCACUUGGACAAAGACGGCUUUUCGCCUGGUGCCAUCCGCCGCGUCAAAGUCGAGAAUUUCGUCACAUACGAAAUGGCAGAAUUCUUCCCUGGACCGAAUCUCAACAUGGUAAUCGGGCCCAACGGAACGGGAAAGAGUUCGCUCGUCUGCGCCAUCUGUCUGGGCCUUGGCUUUAGCCCGAAGCACCUCGGCCGGGCCGGUAAUGUGAAGGAGUUUGUCAAGCAUGGCAAGUCUUCUGCCAUCAUCGAGAUCGAGCUACAGCGUCGUCCUCAAGACAGGCACCACCAUGUUGUUCGAGUACAAAUCGAUCGUGAGCGAAACAGUCAGAAAUGGUGGCUGAACGGCAAGGAUACUACACACAAGACGAUCCAGAUCCUCAUGAGGGACCUCAAGAUCCAGGUCGACAACCUUUGUCAGUUCCUGCCACAAGACCGAGUUGUCGAGUUCGCAUCCGCUACGCCUGUCGACUUGCUACACGAGACUUUGCGGGCCGCUGCGCCACAGGAGAUGUUGGAUUGGCAAAAGAGCCUCCAGGACUUGCACAAUGACCAGAAAGAACUACAGCGUGGCUCCGACUCGGCAGCCGACCAUUUGAAGCAGCUCGAGGAUCGGCAGAACGAUAUGCAGCAGGAUGUUGAUCGGCUACGCGAAAUAGAAGAGGCACAGCGACAGAUCGCUGACCUCACUGACGCUCGGGCCGUAGCCGACUACCUUGAGUCUAAAGCGCUCUACAAAGAAAAGAAGAAACUCGAAAAGCUCGCUCAGAAGAAUUUGCAAAAGCUUGAGCAGGAGGCCGCGCCAUCUCUCCAGGCGGUUAACCGGAAACAACAGUACCACGAAGAAGUGGUGACCGUGGUUCGCAGACGCAAAGAAUUAUUGCGACGAGCAGAAGCCGGUGCAGAUACAGCGCUCAAUCGCAUCGAGGAUGCCGAUGAGCAGAUCAAGACGGUAGAGGCAAACAUCGAGACCAACCGGAAGAGUUUUGAGGCCAAGAAGCAAGAACUAGGCAAGAUUCGAAGCAGAAUAGGGGCUCUAGAGAACCAAAAGAAGAACAAGCCCCCCGAGUUCAACGCUCAAGAACACAAUUCCCAAAUCCGAGAGAAGGAACAUCAGCUCCGAGAACUCGAGGCUGACCAACGCCAAGUUGAGGGCAAAAUACGAGAGAUCAAAGAGCAGGGCCAUGCCAAGAUUCAAGCAAAAAACACGCUUAUGAAAGAGCUUGAAGGGCUUGACUCUCAGCAGGGCCAGGUUAUCAAUUUCAUCCAGAAAAAAUGGCCUGAUGUGGCCAAAGGUUAUCUUUGGCUCCAGGAGAACGCCAGCAUGUUCGAAAAGGAAGUCUUCGGGCCACCCGCCCUCUGUUGUUCCGUCAAGGAUGAGCGUUAUUCGGAUCAGAUCCAGGCACUCCUGCAUAACGACGACUUCCUCUGCUUCACGGCGCAGACUCGCGAGGACCAUAAGAAGCUCAGUCAUUACUUGUAUAAGGAGCUGAGUCUUUCUGUCAACGUGCGCUCGAUUCUUAGACCACUGGACGACUUUCGGCCUAAGUUAUCCCGGGAAGAGCUCAGCGCGUGCGGACUUGACGCAUUCGCGCUCGAUAUGCUGGCUGGGCCGGAACCUAUCCUUGCGAUGCUCUGCAAUGAAAAGAAGCUUAAUGCUUCGGGAAUUGCGCUGAAAGAUGUCAACGACGCCCAGUACGAGCGCAUUGCCCAAGGAGAAGUCAUCAACAGCUGGGCGACAGGCCGGCAGCUGUACAGAGUCUCUCGACGUAAAGAUCUUGGGCCCGGCGCCGUCUCGACUAUGACCAGGGGUAUCCAGAAAGGCAUGUUCUGGACAGACCAGCCGGUCGAUGAGGCAGAAAAGAACGAAAUUCGGCGUAAGAUCAGUGAGGUCGAAGCUGAGUACGACACCUUGAAAGCCAAAAACACAGAGAUGCGGGAACAGAUGGCUGGGUUCGCCAACACCAAGAAAGGGAUCAAUGACGAUCUGAAAACGCUCAGAGAAAGGAAGAACGAGCUCCAGAAAGCCCACAAUGCCUACCAAGGGAUUCCUGUCAAACUGGAAAACGAAAAGAGGGCCUUGGAUCAGAAGAAGAAAGAAGUUGAAGAGGCGAGAGCAGCUAACUUGCAACUCAGCUUCGACUUGGACAACGCCAUCGUGGACAAGGCCAAGGUUACCCUGCAACAUCACGCAGCCAUUGCAGGCAUUCGAACGGCACAGGAGAUGCUUCUUGAGGCCCAGAUCCGUCAAAUCGAAGCCAAGUCCGACGUUCAGGGCCUCAAGGCUAGGAAUACUGAGCUGUUGCAGAUGCUGGAAGAAGAAAAGCGGAACAUUAUCGCCUUCAACGAGGAGUCCCAGCGGGCCAGACGUCGUGCCGAGGAAGCUCAAGGCAAGGUGAUCGAGAUCUUUGCUAGAGACGAGACCCGAAAGGACCUCCUCGAAGACCUAGCAAGGAACAAGACGGUUGAGGACAUUGACAACGAAAUCGCUGCCAGACAAGCCGGGGUCGAGCUCAUCCAAGUUGCUAACCCGGGUGCUUUGCGUGAAUUCGAAAAGCGGGCCCGAGAGAUUGAGAAGCUACGCUCGAAGAUGGAGGCAUCGACAACCAAGCUGGACCACCUCAAUCGCCAAAUCACAAAGAUUCGCGAAAAGUGGGAGCCGAAGCUUGAUGAGCUUGUCGGCAAGAUUAGUGAUGCCUUCAGCUACAACUUUGAGCAGAUCAACUGCGCCGGCGAGAUUCGGAUCCACAAAGACGAAGACUUUGACCAGUGGGCCCUGGACAUCAUGGUGAAGUUUAGAGAGAACGAGACGCUCCAGCAGCUCAACCAGCACCGCCAAUCUGGUGGCGAGCGAGCCGUCUCCACCAUCUUUUAUCUCAUGGCCCUCCAGUCCAUGGCCCAGUCGCCCUUCCGUGUGGUCGACGAGAUCAAUCAAGGCAUGGAUCCCCGUAACGAACGCAUGGUGCACGAGCGCAUGGUCGAAAUUGCGUGUCGCGAGCACACGUCGCAAUACUUCCUCAUUACACCCAAGUUGCUCACCGGCCUGCGGUACGACCCGCGUAUGCGCGUGCUCUGCAUUGCCAGCGGAACUCACAUGCCCAAGGACGGUAAGAAGCUCGACUUUGCACGUUGCUUGAAGAUACACAAACGCGUCGCGGCUGGCGCGUAG